GGCACAAAUGGUUUGUAAUCUACAGUACAAAGUUCAAAGUGUACAUCGUUACAUGUGAAUAGUGAAUACAAACGUCCCUGGUAGAGGGGUACACGAGACAUCACUGAACAGCAAGAUCGUUGCUCCACGUAGAAGAGAAAUGAUAGCCACGAGCAGCUCGGCGGCGGCGGUGGCCGGGGAGGUGGGCGGCAAGGCGGCGCGGGCGUGCGACGGGUGCCUGCGUCAGCGGGCACGGUGGUACUGCGCGGCGGACGACGCGUUCCUGUGCCAGGGGUGCGAUGCGUCGGUGCACUCCUCGAACCCGCUCGCACGGCGGCACGAGCGGCUGCGGCUGCGGCCGUCGGCGCCGCUCCACCACCCGCCGCCCGCGGGGGGUCCCAAGCGCGAGCGUCGCGACGAGGUCUUGCCGGCGUGGUUCAGGCGCAAGGCACGCACCCCGCGCGGCGGGCACGCCAAGAGCGUCGGGCAGGUGCUGUCGGGGCGGCUCGUCGUGCCGGAGGCGGCCUGCGGGGACUCACCGGAAUGGCAGGACGGCGAGGGGGAGGUGGAGGUGGAGGAUGAGCAGCUGCUAUACCGCGUGCCCAUCUUUGACCCCGCCCUCGCGGAGUUCUGCUCGCCGCCGCCGCCUCUGGAGGACGUGGCGGCUGCCGCGUCGUGCUGCAACGAGGACGGCCCCGUCGAGGAUACAACGAACACGGAUGCAGUGCCAUCGCAGCAGCCGGCAGUGCAGUUCUUCCCUGACGGCGUUGCCAACUUCGAGCCGACAGACGCCGAGCUCAGAGAGUUCGCCGCCGACAUGGAAGCCCUCCUCGGCCGCGGCCUGGACAACGGCAACGAGGAGGACUCGUUCUACGUGGAGACGCUGGGGCUCCUCGACCCGGUGAACGACGACGGCGGGCGAGUCAAGGUAGAGACCGACGGCGGCAGUGCCUGCGAAGCCAGAGGCGCGCUGGCGUGCGGCCUCGAGCUGGAGCCGGAGGCGUCCGACGAGAUGCUGGACAUCGACUUCGACUACGGCUCGCCUCAGGAGACACCGGACGAGAAGGCCGCGAGCAGCGGCACCGCCGCCGACACCCAGUUCUUGCAGAGGAGCCUCUCGCUCACCCUCAACUACGAUGCCGUCAUCCAGAGCUGGGGGAGGUCGCCGUGGACCGGCGAGGAGCGGCCGCACGUCACGCUCGACGACUGCUGGCCCCACGACUACACGGGCAUGUGGGUGGUGGGAGGGGUGGUCGUCCACGGCGGGGAGGAGCUGGGGGCGGACGGCGGCCGGGAGGCUCGGGUGUCGCGGUACCGGGAGAAGCGGCGGACGCGGCUCUUCUCCAAGAAGAUCCGGUACGAGGUGCGAAAGCUCAACGCAGAGAAGCGGCCGAGGGUGAAGGGCCGUUUCGUCAAGCGCGCCACAGCCGGGGGCAGCGUCGCCGUCGCCGGGCUCGCGUAGCUGAUAUGCACGCACGGUGCACAUACGUGUACGGUGUACCGCCUGGCUGCACUGCACGCAGGUGCGGCCGGUGACCGGCACGCCGCUCGUCCGUCGUCAUGAAAUGAUGACAAAAACAAACAACUCGCUGAAGCUGCUUUAGUUCAUUCAACUUAAAUCAAAUUUUUUUUGCCUUUCUUCACCGAUCAGUUCGCCACUGACGGUUAUCUGUGCCUUCGAUUGGCACUUGCUUGCCUGUGGCGAUGGUCGAAUAAUAAUACUAGCUAAGUGAAUUAUAAUGCUUGGUUGGACAGUUCCGAA